CCCACCAGCUGCAAGCCGACCACGUCGCCCUCUCGCUUCGGAGAGGAAGGGGGCAGCACACGCCACACACACCACACAUCGCGGCAUCAUGGUGUUGUCGAGGAAUGUGGCUGUGCUCGUCGUGCUGUCGUUGUCAGCAGCGGUAGCAAGUGCCUUUGUCCCGGGUGGAAACCCGGGCGGCAUGGCAAAAGCCGCUGCCGUUCAAUUGGAGGGCGGCGGCACCAAGACGCCCAUCAGAGCGAUAACCCACCCCCGGACGAACGUGAAGGAGAUUGCCAGCGUGAGCAAUACGGAGGAGUUCGAGAGCUUGCUCAGGUUGGCGAGACCGAAACAGGUUGUGGCGAUCUGGUUCCACGCAAGCUGGUGUCGGAAAUGCAAGUACAUCGGUACGAGAUUAAAACGCCUCGACGAGCACCUCCCGGCGUACUUAUCGAACAACCUUGUGGUGGUGAGCAUCGACGUCAACCAAGUGGCACAGGUCCCGCAGCGACAAAAGAUCAAGGAUCUCCCGACGAUUCAGUUCUUCGUGGACGGAGGCAUGGUCGGGUCGUACGUGGCCAACGACAGGGGGGAGGCGUUCUACGCGAACAUGGAGAAACACUUGCGUGCGGCUCUCGGCGAAGACGUGGAGUAGUGUGCGCGCACUCGUUUUGGCCCCCUUCCACCUUUGGACCACACCUUCUUGAAACAACCUUCCUUUUGGUUGCUCGGCAGGAAUUUCGUUCGUCACGGGGAAGGAGGGGGGGGGGGGGGUGUUUGAUUUGAUAGGGUUUGGUAGGAUGUCCGCGACUAUAAAGGUUGUUUGACGUCAGGAGGCUAGCCGGCUCCUUGCGCCAUUGUUUCAGCGCAAGAGAGGACGGGGGGGGAUUUUCCGGCCAACAAUCGUCUGUGAGCAUACUUGCACGGCAGUGUGCGUUGGUGAUGAAUAGAGGACGCAACACGAACGUCGCAAGCUGUGUAAAUUUUUCAUUUUUAUUUGAGAAGGGAGGGACGAUAGUGUUUUUGAAUUUCGUAUAUUCAUUUAGUCUAGGUUUCAAAAAUAGUUUGAUAUUUUGUGUUGGUUCCUUGUGACCCUAGGAAGUACACGGUAUCUCAAGAGUACAUCGUGCCCCCAAGUAUGUUGUCGUGCGUCAUGCAAGUGUUGUUAGAAGCGUAAAUCACUGGGACGACUUGUGUUCCCAAGCACGUGUUUGUAGCACUCAAGAGCAGCAAAACCUGCACGUGAUUUCGCCCCGGUCUUUCGAUAUUCUCGCACGCUCAUGAUGCUGUGCUUGUCACCACCCUUUGUGGUUGCUGAACGGCACGUGUGUAAUGCAUCGCUGUUGCACCUUGCUUUUUUUGCUCAGGAGGGCGUCGUUUCCGAGAAUUCGAAGUAGUUUUUUUCGGCAUUGGAUCUUGUUUUUGUCGUUUCCCACCCUGCCGGAACGAUUGUGUUGUGCGCAUGACAUCACGUGGCCUUGGCGUGUCUCGUUUUGCAAGUUGCCUCUCGGCGGCUAGAAUUUGGCGUGUGGCUCUGUUGGGGACUCGGGAGUUUACAGAGUGUCGUGGAAACACAUGAGACUAGAAAUUUAUGCGGGAAGACCAACGUCCAGUUCGUUCUUGUUUUUAUAGCACUUCCGCCAGGCGGGAGUUGGGCGUUUGACGGAGCCUCCCUCUUGUUGCUACUAUUGUGAGUCGAUGUUACCAUUUUCUGUCAACAUCGAUAAAAUUUUAUUGUUCGGGGAAAAUGAGUUGGUGCCACUGCAUAGACGCCGAAUAGUUAUGCACAAGAAAGUUUUUCACUACAUGAACGAAUCAGAUUUCAGCAAGUCUUGUCGAGCUGUGCCGGGUUGGCUCUUCUUCUAUAGUUGUGCGCGUUGCACUCAUGAUCGCCCCCGUCUAGUCUACAGUCCCCUUGUUCCCUUCCGUCGACAUUGUCAGGGACAAGUGGCCUGAAUCUAUUCUUGACCAAACUCUGCGUUUUUGGCGAAGAUAUAACUUCGAAGG